CUCUUCCUCUAUAUAGUCUAGACUGGAUACGAGAAUUCUCAAUUUCUCGUCUUCGGUUUCUCUCUCUACACUUCUGCUUUGUUGUUCUGGCUUUCUCUCUCUAGAUCUCAGCCUCCUGCACAAUUCACGUACUGAUCAUCGGUAAUGACGUCGAUGGAGCAAUUGGUUGGCGCCGGCGGAGUAGGGCCGAUGUACGUGCAGAUGCAAUCGGAGCCUUCCUCCUCGCCGUCGAUGACCUCCUCGUUGCUCACUUCUCAUCAUCAGCUGCAGCAGUGCUCCGAGGCGGCUCGGAUUUUCGAUGAGUUGCCUAAGGCUACUAUCGUCCAGGUGUCCCGUCCCGACGUUGCUGAUAUCAGCCCCAUGCUCCUCACUUACACGAUUGAAUUUAAAUACAAACAGUUCAAAUGGCAAUUAGUGAAGAAGGCUUCACAAGUUUUCUAUUUACAUUUUGCAUUAAAGAGGCGGCUAUUUAUUGAGGAAAUUCAUGAGAAGCAAGAACAGGUUAAAGAAUGGCUUCAAAAUUUAGGAAUAGGGGAUAUUAUACCUGUUAUGCAAGAUGAUGAUGAACCGGAUGAUGAGACUCUUCCAAUGCGUACUGAUGAAAGUGCAAGAAACAGAGAUGUUCCAUCUAGUGCUGCACUGCCAAUAAUCCGUCCCACACUUUUAAAACAACAUUCUAUGUCAGACAGAGCAAAAGUAGCAAUGCAGGGGUACUUAAAUCACUUUCUUGGAAACAUAGAUAUUGUCAAUUCCCAUGAGGUUUGCAAAUUUUUGGAGGUUUCAAGUUUAUCCUUUUCGCCAGAGUAUGGUCCUAAGCUCAAAGAAGAUUAUAUUAUGGUAAAACAUUUACCCCAGAUACGAAGCAGUGAUGAUCAUAACAAAUGUUGUUCAUGUAAUUGGUUCAGUUGUUGUAAAGACAACUGGCAGAAGGUCUGGGCUGUACUGAAGCCAGGAUUCUUGGCCUUCCUUAAGGAUCCUUUUGACACUUCACCUUUAGAUAUAGUUGUUUUUGAUGUGCUUCCAGCCUCAGAUGGUAAUGGAGAGGGAAGAGUAUCAUUGGCAAAAGAAGUAAAGGAUGGCAACCCUUUGCGCCACUAUUUUAGGGUGUCUUGUGGGAUACGAAGCAUCAAGUUAAGAGCGAAGAGUAAUACUAGAGUUAAAGAUUGGGUUGCUGCAAUUAAUGAUGCUGGGCUUAGACCACCUGAGGGUUGGUGUCACCCUCAUCGCUUUGGUUCAUUUGCUCCUCCACGGGGUUUAGUUGAGGAUGGAAGCCAAGCUCAGUGGUUUGUUGAUGGUCAGGCGGCAUUUGAAUCCAUUGCUCUGGCAAUUGAGAAAGCAAAAUCAGAGAUAUUCAUGUGUGACUGGUGGCUUUGCCCAGAACUGUACAUGCGGCGCCCUUUUCAGGACCAUGCUUCCUCCCGGCUUGAUUCUUUAUUGGGAGCCAAGGCCAAACAAGGUGUACAGAUUUACAUUCUGCUAUACAAGGAGGUUGCUCUUGCAUUGAAAAUCAACAGCGUGUAUAGCAAGAGGAAACUCUUAGAAAUCCAUGAGAACGUUAGAGUACUUCGUUAUCCUGACCAUUUUUCAAGUGGUGUCUAUUUAUGGUCUCAUCAUGAAAAAAUUGUUGUUGUUGACCAUCAAGUAUGUUUUAUUGGGGGCCUAGAUCUUUGCUUUGGUCGUUAUGAUUCAUCUGAACAUAAAGUAGGUGAUUGUCCCCCUCGUAUUUGGCCUGGCAAAGACUACUAUAAUCCAAGGGAAUCUGAACCAAACACAUGGGAAGAUACCAUGAAAGACGAAUUGGACAGGACAAAGUAUCCACGCAUGCCUUGGCAUGAUGUACAUUGUGCCCUUUGGGGACCACCUUGCCGUGAUGUGGCUCGACAUUUUGUUCAGCGCUGGAACUAUGCCAAGCGGAACAAAGCUCCAAAUGAGCAAGCAAUUCCACUACUUAUGCCUCGGCAUCAUAUGGUUAUUCCCCAUUACAUGGGAGUCAGCAUAGAGACACACACUGAAAAUGAAGAUGCUAGUAAUGCUCAAAGUAUCAAGAGACAGGAUUCAUUUUCCUCUCAAUCAUCUUGCCAAGAUAUCCCUUUGCUCAUGCCUCAAGAAGCUGAUGAAAUGAAUAUAAGUGGAGAACCAAACUCUUCUGAGUUCAGCAAUGGAUAUGAUCUGCAUGACCAGCCAAACAGGUCAACUAGAAUUUCUUUCCCUUUCCGGAAGGCCAAAGUAGAACCUUUUCUGCCAGGCAUGCCGAUGAAAGGAUUUGUGGAUGAAGGUGAUGACAUGGAUUGUCAGAGAGAGUUGUCUUCUAGUUUGAUGCAUAUUGGAACCAGAGCCUCAGAUAACGAAUGGUGGGAAGCGCAGGAGCGCGGUAAUCAAGUUGUUUCAGCAGAUGAAACUAGGCAGGUUGGUCCUUGUGUUUGGUGUCGUUGUCAGGUUAUAAGGAGUGUUAGUCAAUGGUCUGCUGGAACAAGCCAAAUUGAAGAAAGCAUACAUAAUGCUUACUGCUCUCUUAUUGAGAAGGCAGAACAUUUUGUUUAUAUUGAGAAUCAAUUUUUCAUCUCAGGUCUCGUGGGAGAUGAGAUUAUACGGAAUCGUGUAUUAGAAGCACUGUAUGAGCGAAUCACGCAAGCUUACAAUGAGAAAAAGUGUUUCAGGGUUAUUAUUGUUAUACCGCUUCUACCUGGAUUUCAGGGUGGUUUGGAUGAUAGUGGUGCAGCAUCUGUAAGAGCUAUCAUGCAUUGGCAAUAUCGGACAAUAUGCAGAGGAAAUACUUCAAUUUUGCAAAACCUGUCUGAUCUUAUUGGUCCUAGAGUACAUGAUUAUAUAUCUUUCUAUGGUCUCAGAUCUUAUGGUAGACUGUUUGAUGAUGGACCUGUGGUUUCUAGCCAGGUUUAUGUUCAUAGCAAGAUCAUGAUAGUUGAUGACUGCACAGCCUUGAUUGGAUCAGCAAAUAUUAAUGACCGGAGUUUGCUUGGGUCAAGAGACUCUGAGAUUGGUGUAGUUAUUGAGGAUAAAGAAUUUGUCGAUUCAUACAUGGGAGGCAACCCAUAUAAGGCCGGGAAAUUUGCCUCAAGUCUUCGCCGCUCACUAUGGUCUGAGCAUCUUGGCCUUCAUGCUGGAGAGAUUGGUCAAAUUACUGAUCCAGUGAUUGAUUCAACAUACAGAGAUAUAUGGAUGGCAACUGCAAAGACUAACACCAUGAUUUUCCAAGACGUCUUCUCUUGUAUACCAAAUGAUCUUAUACAUUCCAGGGUUUCUCUCCGGCAGUGCCUGGCUCACUGGAAAGAGAAGAUUGGUCACACUACCAUCGAUUUAGGAAUAGCCCCAAAUAAGCUAGAGUCUUAUCAAGAUGGAGAUAUCAAGGGAACAGAUCCCAUGGAAAGGUUUUUAGUGUCUGUAAGAGGUCAUCUUGUUUCUUUCCCACUGGAUUUUAUGUCCAGAGAAGACCUAAGGCCCAUGUUUAAUGAAAGCGAGUACUAUGCUUCACCUCAAGUCUUUCACUAGUUCAUCACUGUACAGAGGAAGAAUAGUUAAGAUAUACAUAUAUUAUUAUACACAUAAAAGAUAGACCAUACCUCUUGAAGAUCCACUGCACUGGAAUAACAGAAACAUAGAGGAACAUACCAUCCCACCUCAGGACACAUUUCCCAUUUCUUCCAGCUCCUGGGUUAUUUCGUUUCAAGAUUCAUCGUGUAGAAGAGAUGGUUUUCAAGGUUUGGGAAGAUCAAUAGUUAACUGAAGUUUGAAACAUAACCAAAGGGGACUUACUAUUUCGGAUUUUGUAAAUUAAAGUGCUCUGAAGAAUGUUCAGUCCCAGGACAAUACUGUGAUAAAGAAUCUCCUUGACCUUUAUUAUUUACAGUUACAAUCAUUCUUUGUAAGCUCACACGUCAAUUUACUAUAAAAAUUUAUUCCAUUUUGCAGUU